AUUAGCCCUCCAGAGCUGGACCCUUCCUCUCUUCUCCGCCGGACGGAUUGAGAGCUACCUUGGGCCCAUUUGCGAUAAUCACGCCUGAUCCCAAGCUUCUUCAUACAAACCCAACAACAUGUAUGCGUCCCUUACGUGCUACCCUCCUCUAGGGCAGACCACUAUAGUCCCCGCUCAGAAACAACAUGUUAAGUUUACAGUAUUGAUUGAGAGUUCAACCGAGAAACCGUGGGAUGUCGCUUUACACACGAACUUCGAUGACCGAGAAAAGUGGGCGAGCUUGAAACUAGAGCCAGCUGAACAACCUCCGUCUCUGUUGUGGACUAGUAAAGAUGCGAAGACGAAUCUUCAUCGCAAAUGGUUCACCCUCGAUUUAGCGGGACUUCCCAAGCACGGAAGACCCGUAUCUUUCACGUUUACCUUCCGGGGAGCUGCAGAUGAGCCCUGGAAAUGGGCCAAUGAGCAAUUCUCCACAUCGGAUGGCCAUAUAAUAUACCAAACACCAAGACCUCUUGAUACACAUUUGACAAAGUUUAUAGACGGAUUGCCCGAAAACUUGAAUAUUCAAGAAGAGAAAAGCGACACACCCGAAACUGUUUUGUGGAGCGUUACCAGUCUGGUCAAGUCUGCAUCUGGAAAGGCAUCCGGAUUCUCAAAAAACAAGCUUGGCAAACCGACCAGUUUGUCGCGAUGGUUUGCGUUGGUAAGACUAUGGAGUCCUUGGUUGGCACCGCGUCAAGGUAGAUCCAAGUUCAAUCCAGACAAAGAAGCUGUCGUAGCCGCCUUCCAACGCGAAGACGGCUCACACCUCGUUGUUCUUGCAACCAGUGGAAUUGACGAUGUGAUGACUACUCUAAGUCAUGACGGGGAUGGUAAUGUCAUGAUAGAAUCUCGAAAUGACAGCGAUGAAGAUGGAUCAGCUACGCUUAUCGUUGCCGCAGGGCACUCUUUGGAGUUUGCCAUGUCUGCUGCUAUGUAUCACGCUCGCAAGCUCGUUAUGAGAUAUCAAGCUGCCUCUGGUGAAAGUGCUGCAGAGAAAGAGGCUCUGAUGAAAGACUACAAGCCACAAUGGCUACAGAACUGGUACGAUGGACUUGCUUACUGCACAUGGAACGGAAUUGGGCAGAAGCUCACCGAAGAUAAAAUAUUUGAGGCGCUCGAUUCGCUCAAGAAGAACAACGUCAACAUCUCGAACCUAAUUAUAGAUGACAACUGGCAAUCGCUGAACCACGAGGGAGGCGAUCAAUUCCAAAACGCCAUGACAGAGUUCGAGGCGACCAAGACAGGCUUUCCGAGGGGCUUGAAAGCUGCCGUGUCUGACAUUCGCGAGAGGCAUCCGAAUGUCAAGCACAUCGCUGUUUGGCAUGCACUUUUCGGCUACUGGGGAGGAAUUGCGGCUAAAGGCAAGAUUGCAGAUGAGUACAAGACCAUUACCGUCCGUAAGAAGGAUGGAGUUUCUGGAGGUACCAUGACUGCUGUCGCCGAAGAAGACAUCGGGCGUUUCUAUCACGACUUCUACCAAUUUCUAAGCUCCACAGGCGUAGAUUCAGUCAAAACAGAUGCCCAGUUCUUCGUGGACGAGCUCGAUGACGCCCCCGAUCGCAGACAGCUGAUCAAAGCAUACCAGGAUGCGUGGAAUAUCAACCAACUUCGUUUCUUCUCUGGCAAGGCUAUUAGCUGCAUGUCGCAAACACCGCAGCUUAUCUUCCAUUCCCAGCUUCCGUCCAACAAGCCUCGCAUACUGCUACGAAACUCGGAUGACUUCUUCCCUGAGGUGCCGGCUUCACAUCCGUGGCACAUCUUCUGCAAUGCACACAAUGCCAUAUUCAAUCAGUAUCUGAAUAUUCUCCCCGAUUGGGACAUGUUUCAAACCUCACACGAGUGGGCUUCUUUCCACGCUGCAGCGCGCUGCGUUUCUGGAGGUCCGAUAUACAUCACCGACGUGCCUGGAAAACACGAUAUCGGCCUGAUAAACCAAAUGGUUGGCAAUACUCCUCGAGGAGACAGUGUCAUUUUGCGGCCUCACACCGUUGGCAAGAGCACCUCUGCGUACAAUUCCUACGACGACACGGUCCUCUUGAAAGUUAGUACGUUUGUUGGCAUGGCACACUCAGGCGUUAGCAUCCUAGGUGUCUUCAACUGCACACAGCAUCCUAUCACAGAAUUGAUCGGUUUGGACCAAUUCCCGGGUGCGGAGAACGGAACGUAUAUCAUUCGGAGUCAUACCAGUGGCAACGUUUCGAAGCCAACAACAGCAGAAAGCGGCGACGCACUUGUACAUGUCGAACUACCGGUCAUUGGCUGGGAAAUCCUCUCAGGAUUUCCUAUCCAGUCUUUCAAGCUUGAGCGUGGGCAGCACGGUGCAACAGGCCCUGCAGAUAUUUCCGUCGCAAAUCUUGGGUUACUGGGUAAGAUGACUGGUGCUGCUGGUAUUAUCAACAGUGACGCCUACAUCGAGCGUGACUCUGGCAAGCUCAGGAUCUGGACUUCGCUGAAAGUCUUGGGCACAUAUGGCCUCUACAUCUCCGACCUCAAGAAACGCUCUAUCCAGAAUGACUUCAUGGCUGUCAUUUUCGGUCGACCCAUUUCCCCCAAAUGCGUCAAGAUCAACGACCAGUGCGAAAACAUUCUCGAAAUUGACACUGUUCGGGCUUGGAAGGAGACGGACCAGCAUGCUGGGUGGAGUAACGAGGUUGCUGUCGAGGUCGUGAUUCGGUGAUAGUCUUUGGGGGUAUUCGUGAAGCGUCGUGGAAAGAUACAAAGAGUCCCAUCUGUUCCUUUGUCACUUUGCCUUAGACUAACUGUACAUGGUUGCCAAUGCUUCGGGUGCCAACGUUAAGCGACUACUAGCCGCGAUAUUCAUGUCUCAACUUGAGGAAAGGUUUUGUAAUACGAGAUGCCGUUAACGGUAGUUCUAUUGCGUAAUCUCUACCAAAGCG